GAGCCGCCUCUAAUUUUGUUACUCUGCUUUUCGAUCUGGUGAAUCACGGAGUGAAGAAGAGAAACAGAGAAAGGCGAGGCUCUGCAAAACCACCGGCUAAGGAGGAGCAAUGGGAGUACCGGCAUUCUACAGGUGGCUGGCUGAUCGGUACCCACUGUCGAUCGCUGACGUGGCGGAGGAAGAACCCAGGGACGGCAUGCCUUUUCCGGUAGACGUGUCAGGGCCGAACCCUAACGGGAUUGAGUUCGACAACUUGUACCUGGACAUGAAUGGGAUUAUUCACCCCUGUUUUCACCCGGAAGGGAUGCCUGCUCCUGCAACUUACAAUGAUGUAUUCAAAUCAAUUUUCGAGUACAUUGAUCAUCUCUUUUCAUUGAUUCGUCCAAGAAAGCUACUUUAUUUGGCAAUUGAUGGAGUGGCUCCUAGAGCUAAAAUGAACCAACAACGUACCAGGCGUUUCAAAGCGGCUAAAGAUGCUGCAGAGAUGGAAGCCGAAGAAAGGUUGAGGAAGGAAUUUGAGAUUGAGGGGGCCAAAUUAUCGGUAGAAAAGACAGAGACAUCUGAUUCAAAUGUUAUUACUCCCGGAACUCCAUUUAUGGCAGUACUUUCAGUGGCUCUACAGUAUUAUAUACAAUCAAGGCUGAAUAAUAAUGCUAGCUGGCGGUUUACAAAGGUAAUUCUCUCUGAUGCAAAUGUCCCUGGUGAGGGGGAGCACAAAAUCAUGUCCUACAUUCGCUUGCAACGUGACCUUCCAGGCUUUGAUCCAAACACACGCCAUUGUUUAUAUGGUCUUGAUGCAGAUCUAAUAAUGCUGUCUCUGGCUACUCAUGAAGUGCAUUUUUCAAUACUGAGAGAGGUAAUUCCUCCACCUGGACAGCAGAAUAAGUGCUAUGCUUAUGGACAAUCUGGGCAUUUGGCUGCAGAUUGUAAUGGCAUAGGUUUUAGUCAAGCUGCAGAUGCAAAUGGGAAAGCUUCAAAUGCCAUUCCCAUCCACAAGAAGAAGUACCAGUUGAUAAAUAUGUGGGUGUUGCGGGAAUAUUUGCAACAUGAUUUGGCUAUUUCGAAUCCCCCAUUUAAAAUAGACUUCGAGAGGGUGCUGGAUGACUUUGUUUUCUUGUGCUUCUUUGUUGGCAAUGACUUUCUGCCUCAUAUGCCCACACUGGAGAUUCGAGAGGGGGCAAUCAAUCUUCUGAUGGCCAUUUACAGAACUGAGUUUACGGCUAUGGGUGGUUAUCUCACAGAUGCGGGUGAGGUUUCUCUUGAUAGGGCAGAACAUUUUAUUAAAGCAAUUGCGCGUCACGAAGACCAAAUUUUCCGGAAACGAGCUCGUAUUAGUCAGGCAAGAAAUGACAGUAAUGAUGAGCCACCACCGCCCGACAUGGACAAGGUGAGGCUUGGAGAGCCUGGAUACAAGGAUCGAUAUUAUCUUGAGAAAUUUGGUUUGUCAAGUCCAGCGGAAAUUGAAAUGACUAGACAAGAUGUUGUUCAGAAGUAUGUUGAAGGGUUGUGCUGGGUUUGCCGGUAUUACUUCCAAGGUGUAUGUUCCUGGCAAUGGUUUUAUCCAUAUCAUUAUGCUCCAUUCGCUUCUGAUCUUAAAGGGCUAGCAGACUUAGAGAUUACAUUCUUCCGCGGUGAACCAUUUAGGCCCUUUGAUCAGCUGAUGGGUGUCUUGCCUGCUGCGAGUUCAAGUGCUCUUCCUGAAAGAUACAGGACAUUAAUGACUGAUCCAUCAUCUCCCAUUAUUGAAUUUUAUCCAACUGAUUUUGAAUUGGACAUGAACGGGAAGCGUUUUACAUGGCAGGCUGUUGUGAAGUUGCCGUUCAUUGAUGAAAAUAAGUUGCUUGCUGAAACAAAGAGGCUAGAAGACACUUUGACGCCAGAAGAGCAACUAAGAAACAGCGUGAUGUUUGAUUUGCUGUAUAUUCACCCUUUACAUCCUUUGGCACCAUAUAUCCUGACUUACUAUCGCCAUAACAUUUCCGUGCCUCCGAAGGAACAAAUACCAUGGCCAAUUGAUGCCAGUACAAGUGGUGGAAUGAAUGGAUUCAUUUGGUUAUCAGAAAGAAAUGGGCUGAAAAAUGUUGUUCCUCCCCCAAUUCCCGAAUUGGAUGCCAUUACUAACAAUCAAAUUUUGAAUAUUACUUUUCUGAAUCCUCCUCCUCACAAGCACAUUCCAAAGCCUCCUGCAGGAGUAAUUAUGCCUAGUAAGGCUGUGAGACAGUUUGAUGUAAAACCCUUACCUGCGUUAUGGCAUGAAGAGUAUGGCUCUAGGCGGCAGCUUGGCAAAGAUAGGCCCCCAAUAGCUGGUGCGAUUGCCGGUCCUUCAUUAGGAGAAGCGGCCCAUCGCUUGCUCAAGAACACAUUGAAUAUCGGGUAUGGGGGGAAUUGCAGAGGAGCAUCAAACCAGGCAAACUUCAGAAACAGCCCUGGAAGCAAUAAUAUGAUAACUAAGCCAAGGGCUUUUGGUGGAUCAUGGGGGCGAGAUGAGGGGUUUUAUGACCAAACGAAUUCUAAUCGAAGCUCAGCAGGAAACCAUGUUGGUUAUCGGCCUCGAGCUGCUGUACAAUCUGGUCGGUUUUAUGAUGAUCCUUCUUCAUAUGGUAAUCAUUACCAUAAUGCCCCUCGUGGUGUAAUGGGCAUUCCCGGCCCAAGAUAUGGCCCACCCUCUCCCUAUGAGUUUCAAGGAAACCGCCAAAAUUUCAGAGGGCAGGACAGAGUUUUUCAUCAAGAUCAGUACCACGGCAACAGGGGGGGAAUGCCGCUGUCUGUCCCAAACGAGUUCCAUGGAAGCCGCCAAAAUUACAGAGGGCAAGACAGACAUUUUCAUCCAGAGCAGUACCAUGGCAUCAGGGGUGGACCGUCGUUGCCUGCCCCAAAUGAGUUCCAAGGAAACCGGCAAAAUUUCAGAGGACCAGACAGGCUUUUACACCAAGAUCCGACCCACGGCAUCAGGGGUGGGAUGUCUGCAUUGACCAUUGAAGGCAGUGGAAGAGCGAGGCAACAAACAGCACCUUCCCCUAGAUUGCCUCACGUUCAGCCCAUCCCUCCUCCAUUCACGAACAACAGUGUGGGCCCACUUCCAUCACCGCCUCCAAGGUGGAUCACCUGUCCCUCAUCUAGCGGCGGCAGGGGGAUGAGCUCAAAGCAGCAAAUGACCUCAAACGACGGGCGCGAGAAGCAGGUUAAGAUGGUGUAUCAAGUCAAAACGCGCCCAGCUCAUCCGGGGUCACUGCAGUAAUGUCUUUUUUUCGUCAUUCGUUCAUCGUCAUUGUUCUUUAGCGUUACAUCUUUGCUUGUAUCUUGUAACAAACAGAACAAGAGGAAGAACUAGGAGUAGUAGAUUCAGAGAUGUCCAUCAGCAUCAAAACCCACUAUGAAGGGAAAGGAAAAAAAACAAAAAGGACGGUCAUUGUAAAUUUGGUUAGGUGUAUAUGAAAUCCAUACAUCUACUAGUCUUACUGGUGCAGUGUAAGUUUUCUUUUGUCAAGAGACAAACAAACAUUAUUGGUCACAGAUGAUCUCUUUUUUUUCAGUAUGUUUCUAGACACUUUAUUUAUGCGUGUUAAGCACUGAGCAAAUAGCUACAUAAAGAAAAAAAGUGGGU